UGGUAUGGAUGUGCAGCCCAAACAUAAAGUUUUUACCUUCAACAUAUUAGCGUCAUGGGGAGCCAUUUUUUAAUUUUUGAUGCUAAUAUAGAAGCAGCUGCAAAGUUCGCAAAGUUGUGAGAAACUUCCAUGGCGACCGGCCCCUUUUCUUCUUCCUCCAUCUUCAAUCAGAGUAGCUCCAGACUCCCCGACGAUACCGUCUUCUACGCCAUAUUUUCCGACGCUUCUCUGAGCUCCGGCAACACCGCCGAGGUAUCCUCCUUCCUCCAAUCCCUUCAUCUUCAAAUCAUCAACACCAUCUCUACAUUCACCUCCAACUACAUAUGGCAGCACGAACCCUUUGCUCUCUCACUUUCCUCCAUCCCCAAAUCCCCUUGCAUCUGUUCCACCCACCUUCCACACCUUCACGGGAAGCUUCGGUUUGGCGACAACCUUGAAGACGAAUGGUUCACUGUGUUUCUUCUUUUCCACAUUUCCAAGUGUUUUCCUUCUCUGUCAAUCCGAGUCUGGGACACGGACGGCGAAUUUCUGCUUAUCGAGGCAGCUUUCCACAUCCCUCGCUGGAUUAACCCUGAGAACAGUCUCAACCGCGUCUUCAUUCGCAAUGGUAGCCUCCAUAUUGUACCAAAACUCCGAUUACCGGAUCCUAAUUUGUUUGAUUCGCUGAAAUUCUUGGUGGAUUUUGAUCAGGAAUCCAGGGCGUCUGAGUCGGUUCAGCUGGCUGUGAAGAAAAAGAUUUCGGAUUAUCCCGGGAGAGCAGAGAGGAACAUGCACAGAGCUAGGGUUAGGGUUCCUCUAUCAGUUGCUCAGGUGUUGAAGCAUGAGCCCUGCUUGAUUUCGCUGGCGGUUGAAGGGUUUUACGAUCGUGACAUAGAUACCAUGAAAUUUGCUGCAAAGAUGGAGAAGUUUUUGGGAAGAGGAAGAGAAGAAGAAUUGGUAUGCGUGUCCGUUAAGAUGUCGAAGGCAAUGUUUGCACAGUUGAUGCAGCAGAAUUUUCAAGCGCCCAAAUGUUAUCCAAUGCCCAAUAGGACCAAUGCUUCAGUACACACGGAAGCUGAAUUGGGAAUGAAGAUAGCAUGCGGAUUUGAGAUGAUAUAUCAACUAAGAAGGCGAGAGGGGUCUGAAGGGAAAAGCAAGACAUGGGAGGCGUUUAAGGAGAGUUUAAAAAGUAGCGGAUACUUCGAAGGUUUACUUCCGGGUUCAAAGGAGUUUGGGAGAUUGAUGCAGAAUGCGGAGGAAUAUUACAGGAACAGUGAACUCUUUUCAAGAACUAGCAACAUGAUGAGUGCUCCAGUCAGACGCAUAGAUGAGAUUCUUGCUUCUCCCUAUUCAGUGGAAGAUUUCAAGGGUCCGGAUAUUCCUCCUUCUGAUGAUGAUUCUUGGCUUUACAAUGGGGAUGAUGAAUUGAAUGCGGCCCUCUUAGAGAGACAGAAGGAAAUGGAAAUUUCUAAUUCUAAAUUUAACAAGAAGCAAAAAUCUAAAGAGGAGCAAUUUGAUCCAUCGUCCAGCUGUAGUAUGGAUGAGUCUGAUCUAGGUGAUAUAUCAAAGUCCAUGCAGAAAUUUGUUAAAAAGUUAUCAAGCUAUCAAGGAGUAGAGGUGUCUGAUAACAGGGAGCCAGAAGAUGUGAAUAUUGAUGUAGACCGCUUCAUUAAAGAGAUGGAAUCAGUGAUGAACCACCAUACAUCCAUGGAGACUACCACCGAUGCUGAAAAUGAAGAUGAAUCCUCUUCUGAUUUGGAUUUUGAUGAAUCUCAAGAUGAUGAGAGUGAUGAUGCCACAGAUACAAUUGACGUAGAGAGAGAGAAUACGUUCAUGGAAUCCUACUCAGAUACCUUGGAUGAAGAAUUGAAGAGUAGUACUCUCAAGAAAAGUUUUUAUCGUGCUAGUGGAGAAACUUCCCAGAAAGAUGAGGGAAUAUCAAAUGCUACAGACCAUAUGGAGGAGGAUUUCACUCCUGUUGAUGUGGACGUGAACCUUGUAAAGAGCUUUCUUGAUUCAUUUUCAUCACAAGAAGGACUGCCUGGUCCUGCAUCUAAUCUUCUUGGACUCAUGGGUAUAAAGCUUCCAAAAGAUGGUGACAAAGGUGCCAUCCCAGAGAAGAUCGAUUGCUUUUGCUUCUUUGGUUUGACGCCAAAUAUGAAUGACCGUAGAGGAACUCUGUUUCGGCUCUCUGAGUGUCUCAGCUGUGGUGUUUCCUGUUUCUUUGACCCAGAAAGUCUGAACUCCUCAUUCAACUUUGACAGGUUGGUCUCUACCUCAAGUUGAAGAGAUGCUAUGUGAUCUAAAGCUGCUUGCAAUUCAUCAGCAACUUUGUUAUUCUCUUGUUUCAUGUUCAAAACCUCUCCUUGAAACUUUGCAGCUUGAUAGCUUGUGAAUGAGAAAUCAUCAUCCUCGGCGCUCGCCUUCAAUCCGGCUGU